UCUUCCCCGAUCUAUUUCAGACUAUAAUUAACACCCCCUCUCUCUCAACUGACUUCACCGUCAUGGCUCCUUCGACACCGCCGACGGCGUCUACAACUCGCUUGGUCCGAAUCUCACAACUCCGGCCCCCCUCAUCGCCUCCGUCAAUUUCUUUCGAUAAUGUUCUUUCCUUCUUCAUCUUCAUCCUGAACGUAAAGCCACCGAGCACAGACUCAAUCAGUUAUGGAGACGGUGAUAUUGCUCUAUCUUAUGGUGCAAUUUUAAGGGAAUGCAUUCGUCAUCAGGUUGUUGCGAGGUACGUCCUGGAAUCAGACCACAUGAAGAAGUUCUUUGAUUAUAUACAACUUCCAAAUUUUGAAAUAGCAUCGGAUGCUGCAGCCACUUUCAAGGAGCUUAUGACCAGGCAUAAGUCAACAGUUGCACAAUUUUUGUCUAAUAAUUAUGACUGGUUUUUCCAAGAAUAUAAUUCGCAGUUGCUGGAGUCUCAGAAUUACAUCACCAAACGACAGGCUAUCAAGAUUGGAUUGUGGAAUUUUUGUGAUGUACUACAUGAAGAAACCUUCGAAAGAGGAGGGGAUUCAGAAGACAAUCAGCAAGAAAUAUAUUUUGCAAUAUAGAGCUCAUAUAAUCAAGACAUUUGCGAAACAUAGGCAUAGUUAGAUUUCUAUAAAUUUAGAGUUUUAGCAAUCUGUUUAGGGUUAGGAUGCAAGUUACUGGCCAAUUGUAAACUCCAGCUUACUAAAUCAAUUAGCUUUUUUAUUU